AUGGAAAGUCAAAGAACUGAGAACAAAUCUUUAGCAAAAAAUGAGAUUCAUGUGCAAUUUCAAGAAUUUGGGCAAAAAACCCGAAAAGGUCGCUUAUCGGAACGUGAGAAUCAAGAAUGUGUGGUUGUAAUUGAACAGAGUUCAACAGUGACUGCUCCAACUAUUUCAUAUGCAACUGGUAAUAAAUUAGCAUCACUUGAUAUACAAUCAGAUGAUUCAUUUAUGUGUCAAAGUAUGGAAGAUAAACAAUUUGAAUCUGAAUAUAUCAAAAACAAAUUACAAUUUUAUCCAUGGUAUUGGGGAAUGAUUUUGAGCACAAAAAUGGAUAAUGUUCUAAAAGUAAUUGUUUUCUAGAUAAAAUUGAUACACAAAAAGUACAGUACCAAUUUUUCAGUGGAAUAAUUCAUUUGUUGUUCGUCGAUCGAUUGAUAGAUUGCAAAAUAAAUUAUUCAUAAUUACUAUGAAACGAAAUAAUAUUAUAGAACACUAUGAAAUUUGUCGAAAAUAUCAAACAUGGAGUGUUCCGAAAUUAUUAGACGAAAAUCAACAUUUUUAUGAUAUUCCCGAAUUGAUCAACAUGUUGUCGAAAACGUUGCAGGGUGGAACUAUUCCCAUUUCAAGACCUCCAACUAUCAUUUACCAUGAUAAUAUAAAAAUGGGAAAAGUAUUAGGAAAAGGUGCAUUUGGUGAUGUAUCACAAGCGAUAAUAACAUUACCAGGUGGAGAAAUUCGAGAAUGUGCUGUGAAAAUGAUUCGAGGAGAUUCAACAAGAACACAGAUUGCAGAAUUCUAUCAAGAAGUUCAUAUUAUGGAAUUAUUUGAUAGUCCUUAUGUGGUUAAACUUUAUGGAACGGCAUGUUUAUUGACACCUGUUAUGGUUGCAAUGGAAUUAUUGCCUGGAGGAAGUGUGUGGAAUUAUUUGAGGUAUCAUAUUUUUGUAUCAAAUAAAUAAAUGACUUAAAGGGUUGGUGCUCCGCCAGGGAAUCUUGCUUGGUUUAGAUAGGAAUAAGGUGCUCCUGGAAGGUUCCAGUUUUAGAAAAAAUUCUAGUAUCAAUUCAGCCCAUGUUUUUCCUCAAAAUCACAAACAAGUUAAAACCUACGAAAUAAAACAAGUAAAUGCGCUCUAGCGCACAACUUGUUUUUGAAUUUUCGUGUGUGUGUUUGCACACAACUUUGAACACAACACUGUGACGCCUUUUUGCAGACGAUUUUUUCACCAGGAAAGCACCAACCCUUUAAAUGAUUUCAGAAAAAAUGAAAAUGUGAGUCAUGGUAAAAUGUUCGAAAUGGCAUCUGAUAUUGCUAAAGGAAUGGCACAUUUAUCUGAUUGUCAAGUUAUUCAUCGAGAUUUAGCAGCUCGAAAUUGUUUGCUGACUGCAGAUCAUCGUGUUAAAAUAUCAGAUUUUGGUCUUUCGGUUCAAGCAACUCAAGUUAUUGUCAAAAAAUUGAAACAAGCUCCAAUUCGAUGGCUCAGCCCAGAAACUCUUACAAAAGGAAUUUUCAAUGAAAAAACUGAUGUUUGGUCAUAUGGAGUUGUUCUUUGGGAGAUUUUCACCAAAUGCGCCAAUCCACCAUUACACCCAAAAACCCAAAAGGAAUCAAUAGUGGUUAUCAAAGAAGUGGAAAAUCCACAUAAAUUAGAAGAUGAGAAAGAAGUGAAUGAAAUUAUAGCAGUAUGUUGCAAGAAAAAUUCAUCAGAUCGUCCAAAUUUUGAAAAAAUUAUCAAAUUAUGGGAACCUAUGCUUAAUAAUACAAAAGUACUCUAUGUAAGCCAUUCAAAAUUAUUUUGUAAAAAUUAAAUUUUUUUACAGAAAAUUCUGAAGAAACCUCUGCCAAAAGAUAAUUGUCUGUCAACGGAAGAAAAAGUUGAGAAAACAGAAAAAUCGAAAAAUACAAAAGGCAAAAAACGUUCGAAAUUCUUUUCUGGACGUCAAUAA